AUGUGCAAUCUAGCAGUAAUUGCAUUUAGAUUAGUAGUAAUGGCUGGCAGACGCGAUUGUCGUGUGUUUGUAGGCAAUUUGCCAAGCGACGUGAAACAACGAGAUCUGGAAGAUAUUUUCUACAAGUACGGACGCAUCAAUUUUAUCGAUAUAAAGUUUACAAGAGAUGUACCUUUCGCAUUUAUUGAAUUUGAUGAUCCCAGAGAUGCUCGAGAUGCUGUUCACGGUCGAGAUGGAUAUGACUUUGACGGGUGUCGGAUCCGAGUUGAAUUAACUCGAGGAGUUGGUCCGCGUGGGCCAGGUGGUCGGCCGUUGUAUGGACCGGAUUCGCGGUCGCCUCGACGUGGCCCGCCCCCUCGACGAAGUGGAUAUCGUGUCAUAGUUUCAGGCCUUCCCGACACCGGCUCGUGGCAGGAUCUUAAAGACCAUAUGCGUGAUGCUGGUGAAAUAUGCUAUGCAGAUGUUUUUCGAGAUGGCACUGGUGUUGUCGAAUACACAAAUUACGAAGACAUGAAAUAUGCCCUUCGGAAACUGGAUGAUACAAAAUUCAAAUCGCAUGAGGGUGAAGUAACGUAUAUUAGAGUAAAGGAAGCGAAUAUUAACAGUCCGAAUCGUUCGCGUUCUCGCUCACAUACACCACGCAAAACGCGCUCAUCACCGAAAUACAGUCCUACACGCUCAGCAUCAAGAAGUCGUUCACGUUCUUCGCGCUCUCGUUCUCACACUCGUACAUCAUUUGUUCGACGUUCUACAUCUCCAGUGCAUUCAUCAAAUUCACGGUCUCCUUCCAAAACGAGGUCAAAAACUCGCUCUCGCUCUGGAUCACGUUACUGA